AAAGUAGGGAUAAUAGCUUUCUUUUAUCACGCAGGGUUGUUAUUAACGUGAAUUAAUAAGAAUUUGCAAAGUUCAUUUAGAUCUUGGGAUUAAAAGGCUCAUUUCAAGGGGCUGUUACUACAUAAAAACAAACACAUGCACACAAGCGAGAACGUUAAAUGCAUGCAAUCAUUCAUAAUGUGCACUUACAUAGCUGCUCUUGUCUAAGGUUUGCUGAGAGCUACACAAACAAUUACCGUAGCUAAACAACCCCCUGUGUGGUAAGUGAUAGAUAAUGGUUUUAUUUUAUUGAAGGAGAAACGCAGUGUGAUGAAUAUCAAGUUACCAGAGUCACAUAGCUGUUCCUACUUUGAUCACCACUGAGCUCCUUUACUAUUAAGUAAUACAUUUAUAGACACAUAUCCUAUGAAACAUGCUAGCUUGCCUUUCUUGGAGGGAAGGCAGAUAGGCAAUGAAAAUACAAAGGUUUAUUUUCCUAAUGGAUUAACUAAUAAAUAGAAACAUAGACAGCAGGCUAAAAAUAGAUUCCAUGUUAAUAUGGGAGAUAUUUGUGCUCUGUGUCAAAUAAGAAAGCCUGGGAGAACUAAUUUUUAGCUAGUCAUCCUCUACACAUUUCUGCAGGGUUGAUUCUGUUUUAUUGAUUUCUCAAACAUAAACUUGGCUACCCAGUUCUUGGUUAUCUCCCCUAUAUCUGAAAACGUCCUUUAACUAUUGCUUUAACAUAAGCCUUGAAAGCUUCCUAACUUGUAUUUAUCCUUUAAAUAGCAACUGAAGGAAGGACAGUCAAAUCAGAUGUUUUCUCAUUUCUUCUUAUCCCAUGUUUAAUCCUUAUUACUCCCUCCCUCCAUAGCACAGGGCUAUCCUUUUUGCCAACCAUGCUGAGUAUAUCAGCGGUCUUCUUGUGAUUUACACAGUGAUGCAAUGAGGGUUAUUAAAAGGUAGUUAGUAAAGCAGAGCAGGCGAGCUGUUCUAAACUUAGUGUAACCUGAAGCAAGCAAUGAAGUACCCUCUCGUUCCUUUGGUAAAUGAUCUGACCUUUCAUCUUCUUUUCUUCUGGCUUUGUUUGCCAUUUGUAAUGCUGUUGAUCAUAAUCAUUAUCUGGCUACAACUUCUACUUAAUGAAGCACAGGUGCCUAGUGCAGAAGAAAUAGAGAAACAAUCUUCUGAUGAGCCUGAUUCUGACUCAAAAUUUGAGGAUGAACUAACAGAGGAAGAAAGCCAGACUAGUAGAUCCAGUACAGAAAUGCAAGAGGAGACACAAUCCAGGGGAUCUCUGGGUAAACUGAGGCCCAAACCUGCUUAUCUGAGUUCAAAACCAAAAAGCCAAAAGCAAAGUCUUUUUGCUGCAAUCUUAGACAGCUGGUCUCAGAGCCAGAAGAUAAGACCUUCUCCUGGUGAGAAGACUGAUCUCUGCAACAUUGUAAUGCAGGGUCUCAGAGGGAAAGCUGGUUUGUGCCUCCACUGUUACUAUUCACACUCCUCUCUACUCACUCUGCUGGGAUUUUUGAAUUGUGGAGCUGAGCUCUUGUGCACCAUGCUUUCUUCUCUCACCUGGAACUUUGUCUGCCAGUUGCUCCAGAUCUCUAAUGUCCUGAGGAUUCUACUGCUGCCAUCUUCUCUGAUUAUCUCCAUGGCUCAGCUGUUUGUUUCGCUGGGUGAAAAAGUCGUGAGAAUCCUGGGCUCCCUGAGACUGGAAAGCAGAAGGCUGUAGGCUUCAGUCUUGGGGAGGAGAUAUAAGUGAACUGGAACAGAUUGAUGAAGCUCAGAGAACCACCUCAGGGUGGAAAUAAAGCAGGUAGUCCCACCACCAUUAGCAGCAAUCCCAGUCAGCACCAGUGAGAGCUACUGUAGCAUGGCAUAGGGAGGUUAAGUCUCUGAAAAGUGUCACCUUGGUCUUGACUAGGUUUCCAUCUGGGUCACAAAAGCUGCUUUCAGAUUGAACAGUAUUGACUGGCUAAAUAUGAAAUGGAUGACAGCACCCAGACUCUUGUCCUGUGCUUGGGUGCGUAUCCUGCUCCCCUCCCACUGUAGAGAGGAAUCACUUCCUUUUUUUAUAAGGACCAAACACUGUGCUGGCACCAGUGAUACUCUGUUCACCACGACUAAUCUUUGAUUUCAAAUAAGAUCAAGGCCAAUAGCUCUCAGUAGCAGUUCUUACUGGAGCUUAAAUGCAGUACAGCCCAGUGAUUAUUUUACUCAGACUGCAAUUAGCACUCCUCUGAUCUCCAGCUUGUGAGCUCUCAAAGAGACAGAUUUUCAACAGUCAGGACUAACAAAUGAAACAACCCUACCUCUAAUUAACAAGAAAUAAUUAAGCCCUUAGCAGAUACUGAGCAUGCAUUUCCUUCAUUUCUGUUCAGGAUAUGCUUUUCAGCACAGCUGACAGGCUGAUAAAAAGUUAGAUUACAGCCCAAAGAGGCACUUGCCAACAACUUGAUUUAAGCAGUUGGUGGGACCACAAGGAGGUUGGUGGGGCUGGGAUGAGCCAUAAUUUUGUGGCUGAAGGGUUUAUCCAGUUGUCAGGCUAUGAACAGAGCAGCUGUUUGCUCCUGUGUGUUGAUGCACACGUUCAACAAACUCUCUUUUUUUAGAGAAGCCCUGAAUUAGGAAGUUGCAUCACAAAGAGCACAUUGCCACUUGUGAAAAAUGCUUGUCUCUGCUCCUGGUGUGAAAUAACUGUGUCUCUCCAGAGUCUUGCAUGGGCAGACAGUGUAACACUUACACUGACCUGCGCUAAUUAUGAAGCAUGCCUUGUUGAUGGUUACUUGUCUUUCCCUCCCUGUCCCCUGAACCCCGCAUGUCCAAAUAUUU